UCUAUGGCCUGAAGAGACUAUAGGGACCCCAUCCCUCCGCUAUUUCCCGGUAUCGGGCAGCCGGGGCGCACCCGAUCCCACGAUCGUCGUCGCCCCUAAAUCAACACAACAACAUUUGUUAUUGUUGACGAGUGUAGUGGGCCAGGUGUAGUGUAGGAGGCGGUGUGGCCCGGACUGUAUGAGGUGUACACGAGGCCAGGAAAGUGGUGUACACGAGGCCAGGAAGGUAGUGUACACGAGGCCAGGAAGGUAGUGUACACGAGGCCAGGAAGGUAGUGUACACGAGGCCAGGAAGAAGGUGUACACGAGGCCAGGAAGAAGGUGUACACGAGGCCAGGAAGAAGGUGUACAAGAGCCCAGGAAGAAGGUGUACAAGAGCCCAGGAAGAAGGUGUACAAGAGCCCAGGAAGAAGGUGUACAAGAGCCCAGGAAGGUGUACAAGAGCCCAGGAAGAAGGUGUACAAGAGCCCAGGAAGGUGUACAAGAGCCCAGGAAGAAGGUGUACAAGAGCCCAGGAAGAAGGUGUACAAGAGCCCAGGAAGAAGGUGUACAAGAGCCCAGGAAGAAGGUGUACAAGAGCCCAGGAAGAAGGUGUACAAGAGCCCAGGAAGAAGGUGUACAAGAGCCCAGGAAGGAGGUUUAGCGAGUAAACAAUAUACUCGCUCCAAUUUCUCAUUAGCACUAUUGAACUCAAAUCUUUUCCCUAAUUACAGUUAAGAUUCCUUCCAUCCUUCCAACCUAUUGGAGUAUGAUGAGGUGUAUUCCAAUCAUAUAAGUAAUCUAUUAGCGAGUAACUGCCAGUAUAAUUUCCACAGUGAUUCAGUUAACUUCAGUACAGAUGCUUGGAAGUUACUACAUCUCUUCAACCUCAAGAAUGUGAAUGUAGCUCUCGGCGUGUACAGAACCAACCCCAAGACGCUACUGCUUUGACACAGAGCAGACAGUAGACUCCAACCGCAUCGAGCUCUGACGCUCUCUUUCCCCAUCGAGCUCCAAUGCUCUCAGCCUCAUCAAGUUUAGACAUUCACCAUUCCCCAUCGAGCCGCCAGCAUCAAGCUCCGCGACUCCGGCCGCACUCGGCUCUCUGCUCCAAGCUCCGUCUCAAUGUCUACGACUGCUGUAACCAAAACUACUAAAUAAAUAUCAAAACCCACUAAACACUGUGUGGAAGGUGUACAAGAGGCGAGGAAGGAGGUGUAGGAGGCAGUAAGGAGCGGGCAAGAUGCCGCCCACCGUGAACCAGCCCCACACUGUAGACCGAGACAAGCGGCCUCGUACCGGUGAGAGGAGGUCUGACCUAGUGAGCCGAGUGAAGUAUUGCAACACGCUGCCAGAUAUUCCAUUUGAUCCCAAGUUCAUUAACUAUCCCUUUGAUGCCAAUAGGUAUGUACGUUACAAACAGACUUCUCUUGAGAAAAACUACCGAUAUGAGGUUUUGACAGAACAUGAUUUGGGCGUAACCAUUGACCUUAUUAAUCCCGAGGCGUACACACCUGUACCAGGCGCACAACUGCAUCCAACAGAUGAAAGAUUGCUUGAAGAUGACAUUCUCACUCCACAGGAUGCAAAACGUUCCAGGCAUCAUCAUGUCAAUGUUUCGUGGCUACGUCGAACUGAAUACAUUUCAACUGAGCCCACACGCUUCCAGCCUCAGACUAAUGAGAAAAUUGAGGCCACUGUUGGCUUUGCCACACGUAGGAAAAAUGCUUCGGAGGAGGAUGUUUACACUGAUCGUGAUAGCCAACUUGAGGCCAUUGAAAAAACCUUCCAAGAUGUUAAAGUUACUCUUGAGAAUCACUACAGCAAGCCUGGAGUGACUGCAGUUGAAGAACUACCAAUAUACCCAGACUUUGAUAUCUGGAAAUAUCCAUGCGCUCAGGUCAUCUUUGACUCGGAUCCCGCACCAGUGGGAAGACCCAUGCCGGCUCAGCUUGAAGAAAUGUCUCAGGCUAUGAUUAGGGGUGUGAUGGAUGAAUCUGGGGAACAGUUUGUGGCCUACUUCUUGCCUACAGACGAUACACUUAAGAAAAGGAAACGCGACGUUGACGAAGGAAUCGAGUACAUGGAUGACGAUGAGUACGAUUAUGUAAUGGCUCGCGAGUACAACUGGAAUGUGAAGAAUAAAGCCUCCAAAGGCUAUGAAGAGAACUAUUUUGUGGUUAUACGUAAUGACGGAGUUUUCUAUAAUGAGUUAGAGACAAGAGUGCGUUUAAGCAAACGUCGCCUCAAGCAAGGUCAGCAGCCUAAUAACUCUCGAUUGGUUGUCCGUCACCGGCCCCUUAUUGCACAGGAGCACAAAAGUCAACGCUUCCGAGAAAAAAUGCUUGAGCCUCCAGGUGAAGAGGAGGAGGAGGAAGAGGAGGAAGAAGAGGAAGAGGAGGAGAUGGAGAAUGGAGGAGAUGGAGAAAAAGGCAGUGCAAAAGGAUCCGAUGAUGAAGGCAGUGAGAGAUCUCGAUCUCGCUCAAGAUCAGGAAGUAAGGAACCUGCCCGCAGCAGGUCAGGUUCUCGUUCACGCCGCCCAUCAGGCUCUCGCUCAAGGAGUCGUUCUCACAGUGGCUCACGGAGCAGGUCUCAUAGUAGGUCCCGCAGCAAGUCCAAGUCAAGGUCUCGUUCUCGCUCUGCAUCUGGUUCCCGGGCUUCACGGUCACGUUCUCGCUCGCCCAUCAAAUCAAGAUCUGCCUCUCGUUCUUCAAGAAGCAGAUCUCGAAGUAGUUCCCCAGCUAGAUCAGAAAGAUCCGCUAAAUCUGGAGCUUCUAGCAGAUCGGCAAAAUCGUCACGAUCAAGUCGCAGGAGCAGGAGCGGCUCUCCAGCUCUCAAUGGUUCCGUGGGCCACUCUGGAUCCCCUGCACAUAGCAAGGCUUCGGGCAAUGCUUCUGGAUCUGACUCAAGAUCUGACUCGGAUUCUUCAGGCUCUGAUUCAGAUUAACUUUUUCGGUUACUUAUUUUCAGCCAUAUUAUUGUGAUAUUCUCUGCAGAUGUAUUAUACUAUACAUUAUUUAGCAUUCAAAGCACAAUGCUAGAUUUGCUUUCUCUUUGAAAGAAAGUUUCUUUUACUUAAAGAAUUAUCAAAGUAAAUUGUUUCAAAAUACAGUAAUACCCAUACACUUUUGGAAAGUGGUUUUGGUUUUAAAUUUACAAGUCACUUUUGGUAACUAUUGGUACUGUACUUAUUUUAACAUUUGAUUUAGUGUUUGUGUGUACAGUAUACAUUGGCCAAGAAUUGCAUUGUAAAUAGAUUUUACAUUAAAAUAUUUAUAUAAAA